GAGGUGGUUGUAAUCGAAAAAGAGGACGAAGUCGGGGGAUUGGCUCGUUCCGUUACCGAUCGUCGAGGAUUCACUUGGGAUCUUGGAGUGCAUGUUACUGGUAAUUUUUUAUGCAAAGACGCUUACAUGAGACACAUCGUCGAAGAUGAUGAUAACGUUGAAGUCAAUUACGUUCCCUAUCCAGUACAAGACUCUAUACCAUACUUUCCUGAAGAGAUUAAGUUACAAUGUCUUGAGGAAAUCUCGUCCGCUUCAACGGCUCAGGAGCCAGCGAAGAACUUCGACGAGUUCACUUUGCACACAUUCGGGCCAACGCUUCAAGAGAUAUUCAUUAGGCCAUAUAAUGAGAAGGUUUGGACCGUACCGCUGGCAGAGAUGAAUUGCGUUUGGGUAGAAAAUCGUGUACCUCGCACUUGUAUAGAUGAUCUCAAGAGACGAUGCCGUCUCACAAGGGAGGAACUGGAUGCUGAGGAGGAUGACAAGACCAAAUCUAUGUUUAGGUAUCCCAGUAAUCUUCGUGGGAUUGGCGAACUGUGGAGGACAAUAGCUUCUGAGUUGCCAGAGACUUGGUUUCGACUAGGCGACCCAGUCGUGGUCCUAAAAAGUGGAGCACUCAUCAACUACGACUAUGUGAUCUCAACAAUGCCAGUUGUGGAAUUGGGAAGAAUAUCUGGACUCUGUCCCAAAAUUGCUCUGCGUCAUUCUAAGGUAGUUUUGGUUGGGAUAGGAAUGCGAAGACCACAGCCGGAAUUUACAGAACAAUUGUCUUGGCUCUAUUUUCCGCAACCGGAUAUAAUAUUUUAU